AUGACGAUCACCGUGGUGUAUGAUAAUUCAGAGGCAACGGAGCUCUGUGCGGCUCAGCACCUCUACCUCAAGCCCAUAGCAAAGUUGAUGAUCAAUGUAUUGCUCCCUGAGAGCACGGGGCCCACGAGGCCCUUCUCUAACUGGGAAGUUCUUAACCAGCUGAAGAGCCUGAUUUGUCCUGACCAGUUCACCACAGUGCGGCUCUCCAAGAGUACUAAGGACUUCAUCCGAUUUGAGGGGGAGGCUGAAACUCGCAGUUUGGUUCAGAUCCUGAAGGCCAAGUUACACGGGAAGAUCAUCAAGCUAAGCGGCUUGAAAACAGACUUAAGAGUAGUGGCCACAGAUGCCCAGGGGGAGUGGGAACAUUUCCCCAAAGAAAAGGGGGCGCCGUUGGGUGAUGGGUCCGAAGAGCAGGACCAUGAUAAGAGCCCAGAUUCCAUAUACUUCGAAGGCCUGCCCUGCAAGUGGUUUGCACCUAAAGGUUCCAGAGGGGAGAAGCCGUGUGAAGAGAUCCUUCGGGUGGUCUUUGAAAGUUUUGGGAAGAUCAAGAAUGUGGAUAUUCCGAUGCUCGACCCCUACCGAGAAGUCAUGACUGGUGGGAGCUUUGGGGGGUUCAGCUUUGGCUUGCAGACGUUCGAGGCCUUUAUACAGUACCAGAAGUCAACUGACUUUGUAAAGGCCAUGGAGUCCCUCCGGGGGAUGAAGCUGAUGCUUAAAGGAGAUGGUGGGAAAUCUCUGGCAUGUAACAUUAAGGUUAUGUUUGAUACAACCAAACACUUCAGUGAAGGAGCUAUAAGGAGGAGAAAUCAAGAAAGGCUGCAAUUACAAGAGCUGGAGGAAAAAAGGAAAAAAACAAAGAAGAGAGAAGAGGAAGAGGCUGAAAGAAAGAGAAAAGAGGAGGAGAGGAAAGCCCCGGAAAAGAGGAGAAAGGCCAGAGUCAGGAGGCACGCCCUGAAGGAAAGGGACAGCCACCGGCAAAGGAGACAGAAGGACAGUGCCGAAGCAGAGGUCCAUCAGGGGCCCAGCUCUUCCAAGGACUGGGAGGAGGGGAAGGGCCUGCUGGCCCGGCGGCAGCUGGAGGCCCUCCACCUGCUGCGGGCGCUCCUGAGGAAAAUCACAGGCUCUAUACAAUUUAACCCACGUGAAGUAGAUGUUGCAGGCUCCAAAGCUAAGCGUGCUCCGGGGACCACACUGGGAGCUCUGAAGAAAGAAGAGUUAAACACUCAGUAUCUUCAAAAUCAGGAGGAAAUGCCAAGAUAUAAGGUUUACAAGUCAGAUAACAAGCGAAAACAAAAAAUGAAGAAAAGAGCUACGGAUCACUUACGUAAAUCUUCCCAUCACCUUGAGGAAAAAAAAUUAAGAUAUUCAGCUAGAAAAGAGAGAACUGGAAAAUUAUUAACCAGUGAAUACAAUCACAGUUUGCUCCCUGAUCGGAAUUCUUUGCAAAUUGCAAUGAUUCAAGGUCAAUCUCUUGAGAAAGAAGACUACCAUGGUUCUAAUAAAUCCUAUUCUUCCAGAUUAGUUGAGAAAGACCAUGGCAGGAAACAGAAGAUCUAUGAAACAGAUGAAUUUAUUGACUAUCUUCUAAACUAUUAUCAAACUCCAGAAUAUGCCUGUACCUACCUAGAACCAAGUCACGUAACAAGCACAUGUCAGUGGCAGAGGGCCGUCCAUGCGAAAGGAAGUGGAUUUCAAAUCAAUUUGAGAAAACAUAAGCAUCGUUUAACCAGUUUGAGCCAAAUGCAAAACCUAGACAGGAGAGAAAAGGUGCAAGAAGAUGAUUCCUGCACAAAGAUUUGUACUCAGGAUCCUGAGCAUAAACCACAAAAGAGGGGGAAAGUGGAUUAUGCCAAAGAAUGUAGAAUGUUUAAGGGGUUUAAACAUCAUUGCAAGGACACAGUAUGUGAAGCUGGUGAUUGGCCAUCCUCAGCUUUUGGAAAGAGCCAUCUGUUGGAACAGACUCAUGCUUACCAGGUCCAAGAUUCCAUAUCCACAAGUCAAAGCCAAGUUUCCUUGCCCAACAGGUCAGCAGACUUUGAUUUGGAGUUGACAGAUUUCUUAGAGGAUAUUAGCAGUAAUUCUGAAUGUUUCAGUGAAAUCCUUAGCAUAAACAAAGAGGAGAAAGAGAAAUCUGUGGCUGAAAAGGGAUCUCUUGACACUGAUGAAAUCAUCAUUUGCGAUCCAGAAAUUAGGUCAAGUCAGCAAACCUUGUAUUCAGAGUGGAAACAUGAGGAGGAAAAAUACUCUAAAUACGAGCUUAGGAAACCAGGCAAGAGGUCCAAUUAUGAACUGAGAUGUUCAUGGCUUGAAGGUGAAAACAAUUCUAUUCGAGAUAAGAAGAGCAACAGCAAAAAGAGGGAAAUAUUGGCCCCCAAAUACUUAUUUGAUAAAAGCUACCACCACGAAUCCAGUGCCAGUGAUCAAUUAGACACUGUCACAAGAAAGAGGAGGCGGUUUAGUGAUAACACAUUUAACCAGAAAGUGAAAUAUAGGCCCUUUCAUGUGCCAAUAACAUCAUCAAGAAGCGCUAAUGCUUCCUAUUGGGGGGAUUUUCGCAAAAGAAGAGAGGCUCCACAGAAGUCAGAAUAUAACCAGGAAGGAAGGAGGUUUAAAAGAUAUGAGCAUUCUGAAGAUUUCGUGCUGAAUUCUGAUAAUUAG